GCAGAGGCUGCCCUUUAUCUCAUUGUUUGUUCUGGCGGAGAGCAGUCGUUAGUAGCUCUUGGACCGCCCUGUGCAGCGGUCGUCAGUCACGGCACAGUCACCAAUCCAUCGGCCAAACAAUAAAGCGCGUUGUGGCCCAACAAACGCAACCACCGACGACCCACAAAAGCCGCAACUCUGUAACCCGAUCCAGUCCGAAGCGCUUUCGAGUCAACAACUGGCCCAGGUCUCUGCUCCCUCUCCGGUUCAGUUCGUUCACGUCGGAUUAGCCGUGCAGUGCAGGCUGUCGAAAAUGUUUCGCGCUACGGAAAUCGGCAGCGAAGAAACCCUGCCAGCUCUGGCGGAGCUCACCCAGGUGAGUUAUGAAGCGGAGGCACGGGACAUCGAGUGGGGCGGCUGGAGAGGAGAACGGGUCCAGUUGAAGAGGCCUCAUCGCAACUCCUUGCCCAACUAUGGCUUUGCUCCACCGCCCAUCCGCAUGGAGUACAAGUAUCCACGCGCUGUCUUUUUCGUUCUGGCUACAAAGUUCUUCGAAGCUUUUGCGGCCAACGGCAUACGCACCGUUCUCGCCCUCUAUCUGCGCGACGAUCUCAACUUCACCGAGAGUUUCUCCACGGUGGUGCUGCACAUCUUCAACUUCUUUGGCCAGUUCUGCCCCAUAUUUGGGGCCAUCCUGGCGGACAGUUAUAUGGGCAACGUGCGCACGAUCUCGGGCUUUAGUUUCAUCUAUGCCUUCGGAUGGCUACUGCUCACACUGACAUCCCUGCCCGCCAUGGGAGUCCCCAUGGUCCUGCUCGUUUCCAUCGCCUUGCUAUUUAUUGCCGUGGGAAACGGUUCCAUCCGGGCCUGCAUCACGUCACUGGGUGCGCUGCAGUUCAAGCUGCCGGAGCAAAGCGUCCACCUGGCCGAUUACUUCUCCUUCUACUACUUCGUCUGUUAUUUCGGCAUCUUUCUGAGCAAGAUCCUGCCACCACUGGUGAGGGCCAACACACAGUGCUUUGACAAGGCGGAAUGCUAUCCGGCCGUAUUCGGCACCCUGGGCUGUGCAUUCUUGAUGGCUUGGUUCAUCUUUCUUGUAGGAAAAUUCUUCUAUAAAUCCGAAAAACUGGCAGAUGACAAUAUACUCUUCAAGUUCUGUGGCUGCAUUAAGACGGCUCUGGUGGAGAAGUGGCGACGUCGAAAGUCCUCCAAGCGCUCCAGCUACUGGCUCCACAAUGCAGUAGGUGCCUACGAUGAGGGAUUCGUCAGCGAUGUGUAUCGUGUUAUAAGGAUAUCCAAGCUUUUCAUCCCGCUGCCCUUUUACUUUGCUCUGCUGGCGCAACAGGACUCCAGCUGGACCUUCCAGGCCACCCAGAUGAACACUACCAUACUGGGCGUGACCAUACAGCCGGAUCAGGCCAAGGCAGUGGGCCCCAUCUUCCUGUUCAUGCUCAUCCCCCUGUGGCAGUACGUUUCGGUGCCCCUGCUACGUCGCUUCUUCAACUGGGAGCUGCAGCCACUCCACAGCGUGACAGUGGGUGGGAUUUGCUCCGCCGGCGCCUUCUUCUGUGCGGGAGCUGUGCAGGAACGCAUAAAGAGUUCCCCCCUCCAAACAGUGAAUAUUGCCUGGCAGCUGCCGCAGUUUCUGCUGCUGAUGAUGGGCGAACUGCUGCUUUCCAUUCCGGGUCUCCAGUUCGCUUUCACUCAAGCGCCGAUCUCCAUGAAGUCUGUGGUCACGGCUGCUUGGUUCCUGAACAACGCCUUCGGGAAUCUCAUCGUGGUCCUGGUCACCGAGCUGGGCUUGCUGAGCUCCCAGAUGGCCGAGUACUUCUUCUACGCCGUUGUCAUGCUGGUGUGCAUCAUUCUCUACGCCUUGCUGGCCUUCGACUACACGCUCCAGGAGCGCAAAGGAGGUCUGUAUGUGAGGGGCUUGGACAGCGAUCCGGACGAGCGGGAUGUGCCUAGCACCAGCCGCAGCAGCAGCAUCUAAAAGAGAUUCUAUUCUGUAGUAUUCCCAUUGCACUUGUAAUUUAUUGAUACACGCACACAGGCAAACACGCAUUUAACUGAAAAUAAACAAAAGCUAAGCAACCAGUGGUUGAAUCA